AUGGCAAUAGUAGAAGAAUCCUCUAAAGAGCUGGCAACAAAAAAACAAAAACAUGAUAAGGAAAGUAAACCAAAAAGAAAAAGUCUUACUGGAGUUAGUCAAGUUAAAUUAGCAGAAAGGUUUAGUGUUGCUGAAGCAAUGAUUUCGGGUAUUGUUCGUGAAAGGAAAAAGGUAUUAGCUCUAUGGGUAUCUCGGGCAAACAUAGUAUUUCAAACUAUUACAGGUACAAUAAUUCAACGUAAGGCAAUACAACUUGCAAAAAGGCUUGAA